GGCCGCCCCAUCGCUCUCGUCUUCCGCAUUCAUUCAUUAGGCACGACCGAGGUGCAGCAUCGCCAGUCUGCGGUAACGCUUUCUUCAAGGUUGCACUUUUGCUUGGCACGAAAGAAGCAGUCCUCGAGGAACCCGCUCCAGAUUUCGACCUCCACUGGUAAUCUUGGCGUUUCGAGCUACAUACAGUUAUCCUCCUCGGCUCCCCAGAGGGACCUGCAUUACUGGUGCAUCGGUACUUACAUGAUGCGGACGACUGCUGCCUCCCCCUCCCUCCCGAACCACAGGUUGUUCAGUUCUCCGCUGUGCGGCUUUCCCGCGCAUCGUGUGGUCUUGUACCUGACUCCACCACCUAUCCCUCAGAAAUGACCGACUUACCACAAACUCCUUCUCAGUUCUGAACCCUGUCGUAUCACAGGCACAAGUAAUCUUUUUCGUCGGCAGUGGCUAUGGACAAGCGCAAGCUACAUAGGCACCUCCGACGAAAACGCUUUGUUUAAUGCUUAAUGUCGCCAUGACUCUAGUCACCCGUGGCCCAAUUCCUUUGCUUCUCUGAUGCGGACAAGUUGUCAGAGUUUAUAUUCCCCCUUUACUCUAGUCAAAUGCCAGAUUGUGUUUCAACCUCCCGUGCGUCCUGGAUCUUGAGUAACUAUCUAACUUUAUCGUUCUAGAGUAUAAAAGCACAGUCGUAUCAUCUCUUUGGAUACCAUCUUCUCGACUCUUCAUCCACAAUGUCCAUCGGUGAUCUUGAAAAGGAUGCCAGUAGCUUCACAGGCUCUACCGAGUUAUCCUCCAAAUUGGGUUCUAUAGAUAUCAAAACUUUCGAGGUCAUCGAGGAAAAAGGUAGCGAAACCGAACUACCGGUGGUUCUCCCCCAAAAAAACGGACACUCAAGUCUGACAAGGUGGCUUAAACUCAUCUUUUUCUCGUAUUACCGGAAGACCUUCUCGAUCAUCUUCCUCGCAAACCUUAUCGCUUUCAUCACCUUUGUCGUUCGCAACAACGGGACCCCAAAAACUCCCGACGUUGGUAGCGCUGCAUCCGCAAACCUAAUGGUCGCCCUUCUCUUCCGUCAGGAAAAUUUCGUCAACCUCGUCUACGAAAUCGCCGUUGCCUGUCCUCACAGUGCACCUCUAUGGCUCCGUCGUCGACUGGCAAAGGUCUUCCAUUAUGGCGGUGCUCAUAGUGGUGCAGGUGUAGCUGCUGUCGUAUGGUACAUCAUGUACACCGCUCUCACCACCAAAGACUACAUCGCCCAUCCAGAUGGCGCAUCCCUUGCCAAUCUCAUCACAUCCUACGUCCUCGUCACCAUGUUUUGUCUCAUCCUCGCUGGUGCCUACCCACGUUUCCGCGUCCUGUAUCACGACUAUUUCGAAGCCCUACAUCGGUAUUCAGGAUGGAUUGCACUUUGCACGUUCUGGGUCCAUACGAUCUUUGCGGCAGAGGAGUAUAGAGUGUUAGAAUCCGAAGUUCUCCCACUCGGCCAUUACCUCAUCCACACACCCAACUUUUGGACACUCUGUAUCUCAACCACCUGUACCAUCUUCUCAUGGGGCCGUCUCCGUCGCCAAGAUGUGUACCCAGAAAUCCUCUCCAACCACGCUAUCCGCCUCCAUUUCAAAUACCGGAACAUGAAACCAUUUUAUGGAUUAAAAGUAUCCACCAAACCUUUCCUCGAAUGGCACGCUUUCGCUACUAUACCCAACCAAGACACCCACGGGAACCAAGAUGGGUUCUCCAUUCUGAUUUCUAACGCUGGGGAUUGGACUAAAAAUACGAUUAUGAAUCCGCCCUCUCAACUCUGGGUACGCGGGUACCCUCUUCAUGGGUUACUCUACACUUCUAAAUUGUUCAAGAGGAUCGUGGUGGUGGCUACGGGGUCUGGGAUUGGACCUACGCUUUCUCUGUUUUAUGCGAAUGUGACUCCACGGAGGAUAUUUUGGUCGACGCCUGCUCCGGAAACGACGUAUGGGACUAAGGUGGUGGGGGCGGUGAAGAAGGCUGAUCCUGAUGCUAGGAUUUGGGAUACGAGGAAGGAGGGGAGACCGGAUAUGUUGUUUGAAACGUAUAAAUUGGUGUUGGAAUCUGAUGCUGAAGCCGUUUUUAUCAUUUCCAAUCCAAAGUUGACGAGGAGGGUGGUGUUUGGGAUGGAGAGUCGGGGCAUUCCUGCGUAUGGUGCUAUUUUUGAUUCGUAA